AUUCAAUGACAAAUUCUUCUGCAAGCGAAAUUUUGGAGCGAAUAGAUGCAGAAAUCGCUUUAAUACAACAAGGAAAAAAUAUAAACGAUGGUUUGAUUGUUCUUAGAAAUAUAACAAAAGAAAAUUUUGAUAAUCACGAUAAAAUACUUGAGAUAAAAGAAAAUGAGAUAAUUGUUUAUAAAUCAAUCGCUUAUCAAAACUAUCAAGAAGCACAAUUUUUUAGAUGUUGUCUUUAUAAAGACUUAAUGGAGACAAUUAUGUGGUGGUAUAAUAUUCUUUUAGAUAAAGUUGUUGAUUAUGUAUUAAAUAUUAAAAUAGUAAAAAAAGUUAUCAAAGAAAUCAAAGAAAAAAUUCCUGGCUGGGUUUUGCAUAUUAUCCAAACACAAGAUGUUUUAAAAAAAUUUCACCCCAAAAAUUGGUUUUAUGUAAAAUAUAUUUUUAAGAGUUUUGUUCUUCCUCUUUUGUUCAUUCCUAUAUACUUAUCUAGAAUUCCUGUUACAAAGGCAUCCGAUGAAAAAAUGGUUAUUGAAGUUCCUGGAGACGACAAUGUAAGAAAAGAAAUUAUUUCUUAUCUUAGAACUGGCAAAAUCGAUUAUAAUUACAAAAUCGAGUCAAAUUUUUUUACAUCUGAAAAAACUAAACAUAAUGAAAUAAUUGGUAUUUGGGAAGAUGAAUAUGGUGAUGAAGAUAAUAAACCAAAAUUUAGACUUAUGAAAGUAACAUCGAAAAAAAAUCAUUUGAAAAAACAAAGUGUUGCUGGUGUUGAAUGUGAAAAGGGAAAUGGAAAGAUUCUUAAAGCCUUUUUAUUGUGUUAUGUUGAAGAUGGUGAUGAUGUUAAUUAUG